AUAGUUAAGAGCGAGAAGUGUAAGGAGACUUGGUCGGGGUUCAGCCCGCAGGCGUUUUCGGGGCUGCUGGGUUUUCUCAAGUUGUCGAUUGCGUCGGCGGUGAUGCUGUGCUUAGAGACGUGGUAUUUCCAAAUUUUGGUCUUGCUUGCUGGCUUGCUCGACAACCCUCAGCUCGCUCUCGACUCCCUUUCUGUUUGCACGACCAUAUCUGGAUGGGUUUUCAUGAUCUCGGUCGGCUUCAACGCCGCCGCCAGUGUGAGAGUGAGCAACGAACUGGGAAGCGGGCAUCCCAAAUCGGCGGCAUUUUCUGUGGUGGUGGUGACAGUCAUCGCCUUCAUCAUCUCUGCAAUCUGCGCUUUAAUUGUAUUGGCACUCCGCAACGUCAUCAGCUACGCGUUCACAGAAGGUGCCGACGUGGCCGCCGCCGUGUCGGAUCUGUGCCCUCUUCUUGCUCUUACCCUCCUUCUCAACGGGAUCCAGCCUGUCUUAUCUGGUGUGGCGGUUGGGUGCGGGUGGCAAGCUUUCGUGGCCUAUGUAAACAUCGGCUGCUAUUAUGUGGUUGGAGUUCCCUUAGGUGCCGUCCUUGGCCUUUAUUUCAAAUUUGGUGCCAAGGGUAUAUGGAUUGGGAUGAUAGGUGGAACUUUCAUGCAGACGGCCAUUUUGGUAUGGGUGACAUUUCGAACGAAUUGGCAUAAAGAGGUGGAAGAAGCAGUCAAAAGGUUAAACAAGUGGGAUGACAAGAAAGAAAUUACUUUGGAGUGAGUUGCAACAACGAAUUAUUGGUCAAAAAAGGGUAAAAAUUUGAAGUGCAACAUUGAAGACGUGUGAAUUGAAGUUUCAUAAUUGAAUAGAGCAUCGCCUCGGUCUCAUUAAAAGAGAGAAAAUCUCAGAUUAAUGAAUAGAGAUGUUUAAUUUCUUUUUUUUUCCUUUUAAUAUUAAUAGGUAGGUAAUUUUGAUACAAUUAUUAUUUUCUUUUUUGAAAUUUGAACUUUCAAGUAAACAAAUUUAACUAUACUGAUUAUUAUUAGCGAUGGUUAUAAUUA